AUGCCUGCCCAGUUGCACAUUGAGCGUGUCGAUGAGGUCGACGAAAACAACUCCAACCGCGUUCAAUUUGCGCCCCUCACACAAGUACUCGACAGCCGUGCCAGGCGCCGGCUUCGCCGCAGCCACCUGAGUCAAGAGGUCAACAGCUUCGAAGACCACCAGAAGAAAGACAAGAAGCUCUUCCUCGAGCUCCGCCGCCAGCUGCGCGAACAAGAUGAAAAA